AGAAUAUACUUUGUAUUUUCAUAUCCAAUGCGGUCUGUUGGAGCAAGAGACCAGGAGUUGGAUUAGUAAGACUGAGAUUGCAAGAUUGUAAGGUGUUAUUCAAAUGACCAAAGAUGUUGACAAAGUUGCAAAAACAGCAUUAGAGUAUAGAGAGGUGACAAAGAAGUUAGAAAGAAUCCUGAGUAAAGCUGGAAAAAAGUCUACCAGGUACAGAAAAUUAUUCAACUCUAAAACAUUAAAUUUGGUUGAAGAUCUGAGCAUACCUGCAACUACCAGAUUAAUUGUUAAAGGUGAACUCCAAAAUUUAAAGAAAAACCCCUAUGAGAGGAGCUGGACCCUAGACGAUAAAAUAUUUUGGUUGUCAUUUUACAAAAGAAGCCCUAAAGCCUAUCACUUUCUUUGGAGAUACAUAACACCGCCCAGUGCAAGUUGUUUGAAAGUUUUGCUCCCCAGGAUUUGUGUUAAGCCAGGUGUAAUUGCUCCCUGUCUUUCAAUUUUGAAGGACAUUGUCUCAAAACUUAGCUUAAAGGAUACAUUGUGUGUUAUUAUAUUUUUGAGGGGUCACCUAUAAGCUAUAUUGCAUGGUUUUGAAGAUGGUCUCGAUGAUGAUUGCUGACCACGCCUUGGGAUUAGAUGCUAAUUGGGUUUAGUGAGUAAGACUCGCCCGUCCACAAUCCUCAACAAGUACGUCAAAUCUGUCGUCAGAAGUGGAAGAGAUAGGCUUAACUGUGGUUGCCUCAGUUUCUGACCAAAGACCUACAAAUCGUAGCACCAUCAAAGAGUCAAGGGAAGAAAGUGGAGAUCUGGUACUCUAUUGUGUGGAUCAGUCUAGAAUUUGCCAUGUGUGGGAAGUUCCCCACCUUAUGUAGAGUGUGCGGAAUCAUAUGCCCACUAGAAUUUAAUCUGUUAAUUGUUGUGGAAAAUUAGCCAAGUUGAGAGACAUAUACUAGAUCAUUCCAAUCUGGAUAACUCACUGUGCAAAAUGUCUGUGCUGACAAGGAAAUAUUUUGAUCCCAAGGGCAGGGGUGAAAUGAGGGUAAGUUUGGCCUCCCAAGCUUUAGGCAGCAGGACUGCAAAGAGCGUGGAGUACGCCCACCGUACACUCACUGAAGUUCUCGUGAUCUACAUCAACUAUGGAUCAAUUUCCCUUUUCUUUAUUAAUCACCUUAUUUUUUAAACUCAGUCAGUUUCUGAGAGGAAGGGGAGGUCCCUCCUUUUCACAUCUGAUGUUUUAAGUGUGGUGUGUAAAGAAUCUGCAAAUUGGAGUUCAGUGUUCUGUGCUGCUCACCUGCUUGGUGAUGCCCCUGAUCUUCUGUUGGAGAAGGUAGCAGAGCAUUUGGUCCAGCUGAAAAUUUAGCAACAUAAUGCAAGUAUUUUUCAGCAGCAAAAAUGCAGAUGGACUUCACCCUGAAGAAUAGGAAUUAGAGUUGGUCAAGAAGAGAGCUUCACUUCUUGUCAUUAUGAAGCACAUUCAGGUGUCGUAGGUCUCUUCUCUAUAUAUAGGUAUGUUUAUAUGGGAGUCCAUGUUUUUUCAUGUAGGUUUGGUGGAUAUGUUUGUAAGCAUCCUCAAUUUCACAAUUAAAAUCGAGGAGGAACAUGUCUGGACCCAUCCUCACAAAAUCCAACUACUUCAUAUUGUCUCUUCUUCUUGUCAUGUGCCUUUCAUCAGGAGACUAACUCUCCUGCUUUCAUAGAGCACUGUGAAAAAUAUCUUUGUACGUAAAUUUACAACAUAUUUUGUAUUUAUGAUUUACAAAACAUUGUAAAUUUAUAACUGCCCAUUCUUGCUUGUCCAUAAAGAAUUACAAGUCAAUAUGUGGUACUUAAUUUAACAAUUUGAAAUUGUAAUAUGUUACAACACACAUCAUGGAAAAUUUUCCUGUAACCCUUACAAGUAUUUCUCACAGUGGGCUGGAAGGACUCUGCAGUUUACACCUUUAAGGACUUCUGAGUCCCCAAUUGGAUGUUGAUCAUUUUACCCUUUGUUUGCAGAUGGGUUUAUACAGUGUGCUUUGCUUUAAUCAUACCUUACUCGUCAGAGGAGGGCCUCUACCAAUUCUUCUUCACCUGCUCACAUAUGUCUCUCAUAAGAUAAGUUCUAUUGGCAUUCCAUUCUUUUCCCCUACAAACCCUAUUAGAUUGUUGUUGUUUGUUUGAUAUAAAUAUAAUACUGUAUUUGUUUGAAUUUGGAAGUAGUCAAUUUUUGGAGUAAUUUUGCUCCAAUUUAUGGAUAAUUUUCUUUUCUCAUGUUUCUAAUUCUGUUUUUGAGGUGGUACAAGCACAGGACUCCCCAGGACAAUCAAUGCACCCUUGCAAAUAACACCUUUGCGCACGCAGACAACCUGUUAGUCCUGCUUGUUACUCCAGCUAUACUCCUAGCUACUUCUGCUGUAGCAAUAACACGGGUAUACCUCUGACUCCCCGCCUACAGUUCUUGGGAGGCACCAGACCAGGCAGUGCUGAUGACGACAAGAUUAGGCAGCUUUUCCAGUCAGCAAUUAAUUAUUCUAUUCCUAAGGACAAUUAUGCUCAAGUGGAAAUUAUUCCACAGAAAUUUCAGUUUCUUUCCAAGUAACAAUUUUUAAUCUAAUAUCCAGAGUGUCA